AUGGACAAUGCUGAUGAAGAAAUACUAAAGUCAAUGCUCGAGAAGGAACAUCAAUCUGGAAGUUCCUCUAGGCCAAAGAGAAGAAAAGUGAUAGAUCGAAAUCGUGAAGAAGCGCAUAAUCGUUUAUUCAAUGACUACUUCUCAGAAAAUCCAGUAUACACAGAUGUUCAAUUCCGAAGAAGGUUCAGAAUGCAUCGGCAUGUGUUUCUUCGAAUUGUAGCCGCCCUUGGAAGUCACGAUGAAUAUUUCCGAAUGAGGGUCGAUACAACUAGUAAAAUGGGUCUUUCACCAUUGCAGAAAUGCACAUCUGCUAUUCGUAUGUUGGCAUAUGGGUCUCCCGCUGACAGUGUGGACGAAUAUGUUCGAAUCGGUGAAAGCACUUCAAUUGAGUGCUUAGAAAGAUUCAUUCGGGGCGUGAAUGUUGUAUUUGGGGAAGAGUAUUUGAGAAAGCCUAACAACACAGAUGUUGAACAUCUUUUACAAAUGGGAGAGUCACGUGGCUUUCCAAGUAUGUUGAGUUCCAUUGAUUGUAUGCAUUGGAAAUGGAAAAAUUAUCCUGUUGCAUGGAAAGGACAAUUUUGUCGAGGUGAUCAUGGUUCAAACAAUGACAUUAAUGUGCUAAAUCAAUCAAAUGUGUUUAACGAUUUUUUGGAAGGACAUGCUCCCACUAUGAACUAUACAAUUAAUGGAACGUCAUAUAAUAUGAAGUAUUAUUUAGCGGAUUGUAUAUAUUCUAAGUGGGCUACAUUUGUCAAGACUACUUCAAGAAUCAGCUAG